AUGAAAUAUAACAUUUGUUUUAAUGAUAGUAGUGUGAAUAAAAUUAUUAUUGAUGUUUUAAAAAAUUUGGACAAUAUAUUUUUUGUAGAAUGUUUAGAUUCUGAAAACAAUGAAGAACCUAACAUUUCAUUAGAUGUUGAACUGAUAUCUGAUAAUGACAAUGAAAUUUCUAUAAAUAUAUUAAAUGAAUUCAGUUUUGUAGAU